AUGAUAAUUCUAAAAGAGUUGGCUGGUGGAGAGCAACAUGUUGGUAUAACUGAGGACCGUUGUAGGAAUAUGUUUAGGACCAAGCGUAGAAAGUCUAUAGGGGUUGACUGUCAACAAGCCAUCAAUUAUUUAGAUAGAAAGCGCGCUACAGAUGCAGGGUUCUUUUAUGCAAUCCGUGUCAACGAGGAGCAACAGUUGACAGGGAUUUUUUGGAUAGAUAGUCGUGCACGAGAACAAUAUAAGAAGUUUAGUGAUGUAAUUUUGUUUGACACAACUUACAAUAAAAAUAAGUACAAGUUUCCAUUUGCUCCAUUUACUGGUGUUAACCAUCACAUGCAGUGUAUAUUGUUCGGUUGUGGCUUAAUAGCCGAUGAAACGAAGGAUUCAUUCAUAUGGCUUUUUCAGACGUGGCUUCAAGCAAUGCACAACAUUCAUCCAAAGGCAAUAUUCACUGACGAAGAUCCCGGGAUAAUGAGAGCUAUCCGGCAUGUAUUUCCAUCUACUGUCCACCGGCUAUGUGGAUGGCAUUUGGAGAAGCAUAGGAUCAUUCACAUGAGGCCUUUAUUUAAGAAAUAUACAGAUUUGAAAGCAGUAUAUAAAAGUUGCAUUAAUGAUUCAAAAUCACCAUCUGAAUUUGAGGCGAGAUGGCUUAGUAUGAUUCAGAGGUAUAAUUUAAAGGAGCAUAAGUGGUUGAGGAGGCAGUACAAAAUACGCAUGCAUUGGGUGUCAUGUUAUUUUGUUGAUACUUUUUUUGCUGGUAUGAGCACGACACAAAGAGCGGAAUCAAUGAACAAUUACUUUAAAGGUUUCUUCACUCCUUCCACCCCAAUUAAUGAAUUUGUGACACAAUAUGAAGAGGCUAUUAAGAAAAGACGGGAAAAAGAAGCUAAGGCAGACUUCGGUUGCAUCACCUCAACUCCUUCUUGUCGUACAUCCCAUAAAAUUGAGAAGCAAGCCGCAAAUGUUUAUACGGCAAAGGUGUUCAGGGUUUUCACGGAGGAGUGGUAUGCAUGUUUUGGUCUUGAGCUCAGGCAGUGUGAUUGGGAAAUCUCAGUUAAGAGGUACGAGGUGUUUUCGUUGGAUAGGGAUCAAGAGAAUAACGUGCACCAUGUGCUAGACAACCAAGAGGCCGAAAUUACCACUUGUGAUUGCAAGAUGUUCGAGCAAAAAGGCUUACUCUGCAGGCAUAUACUUAAAGUGUAUGUGAAAACUGAUAGAUCCCAGAUUCCCCAACAAUAUAUUUUGCCUAGAUGGUCCAAAUCUGCCCUAUAUGAUAGCAGUGGGACAGGACAUGUUGAGGGCUCAUCUGAAGAACAACCCCUACCUGUGUGGAAACUUCAUGACAUUGCUAACCGGAUAGCCACUGAAGGAUCUCUUUCCCAAGAGAGGUUUGAUGUUGCACUAAAAGUUUUGAGUGAAGGUUUAGAGGAGGUGUUGAAAUUGGAACCAGUUGUUGGGUCUUUUACUUUCAAUUUGGGAUCACAUUGCAGCAUUGACAUAUCUUUGAAUCAGGACUGUCCUUCUGCCAUGGAUCCGAGACAGUGCUCUACAACGAGAGGGAGGCUUAAAAAUUCUCGUCUGAGGUCAGUGACGGAGAAUAUCUCUAACAGAAGGGCUUACCAUUGCUCAGGUUGCAAUGGUAUAGGGCAUAACGUGACGAGGUGUAGUCGGGUUAAUGCAAAUACUGAGGAUGCAAAUACCCAAUUGCUCAAUCAACCAAUGCAAAUAGAUUUGAACAAUCCUCCCAAUAAUGAAUGGUACCACUCGAGUCAAUCUGCAUAGACCGUUUACUAAGCAGCAAAACUUGGGAGGGAGAGGAGGUCGUGGCAUGUACAUGAGGACUGCACCAGAUAGGAUAUUGGAGAAGGUGACGGAGAGCGUAAAGGGUGCAGAGGAGGCGUGUGCUGGUGAACCAACAAGCAGGGAGUGUGCAGCGGUGUGGGAUGAGGUGGAAGAGGUGAGUGCAGCAGCCAUCCUUGGUAGACGAAAAAAGAAGAAAACCUACCCACUGGAGGCCUACUGCAAGGACAACCCCGCUACUGAUGAAUGCCUUACCUAUGAGGAUUGAGGCCCUCUUGGCCUUAUCUCUUAUUCUUUCUGUUAUUAAUUCAUAAUCUACUUGAAAGUGCAAAAUUCAAUUAUUCAAAAAUUUUGUAUUUGAUUUUUGUCCAACUCCAAGGUACUUCGAUGGAUUUCCAUAUUACUUCACAGUAAAAAUAUUGACUGGGAUUUGGGA